UAAAGUUUUUUAAUUUCGAAUACCCUUUUGAUUAAUUUAUUUAAUUCCACUAUCACAAUGUUCAAUCAAGAGAGGCUGAUGCAUUACCAAGUGGAACCAUCAUGGAACUACUUCAUGAGGUUAAAAACAAUGGAAGAAGAUCAAAUGGAGAGAAUAAUGAGGCUUGUUUCACAGAGUGCUGUUGUGAUAUUUAGCAUAAGUAGCUGUUGUAUGUGUCAUGCAAUGAAGAGUUUGUUCUGUGGAAUGGGAGUGAAUGCAAUGGUUCAUGAAGUUGAUGAAGAUCCUAAAGGGAAAGAAAUGGAAAGAGCAUUGAUGAGGUUACUUGGAAAUUCAACAUCACUUCCUGUUGUUUUCAUUGGUGGUAAAUUAGUUGGUUCUAUGGAUAGAGUUUUGGCUUUUCAUAUUAAUGGCUCUCUUGUUCCUCUUCUCAAAGAUGCUGGUGCUUUGUGGCUUUAGAUGAUUUUGAAUUUACUUUCUUAGUCAUUAGAGUUGGAUUUAUUUAUUGAUAAUGUUUACAAGCUUA